AGGAGGAAAGAUAGAGAGCCAGGGCAGGACAGGUGACGGUAUCAUUGUGACCGUCUCCUCCGUGGCGUCUACACCUCCACGACACACAACAUUUAAGCCAUGCAUGUGUUGGUUCGUGGCUCGUGGCGCAGAGCGGCUGCCAUCAGACCUCUCUGUGACGGGUCAUGGAGGAGGAGGUCCCUGCACGAGUCCACGGAGACUGCUCUAAAUAUCCAAAAGUCACAUUACCCGAGCAUGGAACUACCGCAGGGGAACCUCGUCGACCUGGUCUUCAAGAACGUCUCCAAGUGGACCAACAAGACUGCUACGGAGUGCAGCGUGACUGGUCGAAGUUACACGUACGAGCAGCUGAUGGAAGGGGUUGGGCGGUGGGGAGGCCUGUUGGCCAAGCUUGGGGUGACCAAGGGGGACGUGGUGGGAAUAGCUCUGCCCAAUUGCCCGGAAUACCCUAUGAUCCUAUUUGGCACGCUGGCUGUGGGCGCGACAGUUACCACCAUCAACCCCGUCUACACCCCAGAGGAGAUCUCUCGACAACUGUCCGACAGCCAGGCGAAGCUGGUAGUGGGUGACCCUCAAAUCGAGACCACACUAUCUGAGGCUCUCAGGCUCUACAAGUGCCCUACUCACCUAGUAAUUAACGGGCCCUCAAGCACCCAGGGCUCCCUUAACCUGCAGAAGAUCCUUGAUGACCCAACCAUCCCCUUAGUCGACCCUGUUAAGCUGACGGGGGAGGAGAUAGCGGUGUUGCCGUACUCCAGCGGCACCACGGGGCCACCCAAAGGUGUUAGUGUCUCUCACAACGCCUUGUCGGCCAACACUGUGCGCUUCUCACAUCCGGACAUCUUCGGCGUCAGGCCCACCACAGAGACGCAGCAGGAGGCCUUCCUGUGCUUGAUGCCCUUCUUCCACGUGUACGGCAUCGUGGUGCUGACCAUCUGCGGCCUCUACGAGGGCGCCAAGCUCCUGACGCUGCCCAAGUUCGACAGCAACACCUACAUCGACCUCAUCUACCAGCACCAGAUACAGACACUUCACCUGGUUCCUCCGAUCCUCAACUUCCUGAUCAACUCUCCCAAGGCGACGCCGGAGACAAUGUCUCAUGUCAAGAGAAUCGCGUGCGGCGCAGCGCCUGUGCACCCGUCGGCCGCCAGAGCCCUUCGGGAGAAGAUCAACAGUGACGCAUUUUUUCACGAGGGAUGGGGAAUGACCGAGGUGCUAAUUGCUUCGCUAGUACCAAAUAGGCUGGAGAAAAUAGGCACGAUUGGCAAGCUCUUGCCAGACGUGACAGCCAAGGUGGUGAGCUUGACCACCGGGGAGGCGCUCCCAGCUCACCAGGAUGGUGAAAUUUGUAUCAAGACUCCUUCAAUGAUGUCCGGUUACCACAACAACCCGAAGGCGACGGCUGAGACCAUAGACAGUGAGGGAUGGCUCCAUACCGGCGACGUUGGCCACUACGACGAGGAGGGCUUCUUCAAGAUCGUCGACCGCACCAAGGAACUCAUCAAGGUCAAGGCCUUCCAGGUAUCCCCGUCGGAGCUGGAGGACGUGAUCCGGCAGCAUCCGGACGUGCUGGACGUGGGCGUGGUGGGCGUGCAGCACGACAGGCUGGGGGAGGCGCCCAGGGCCUUCGUCGUCGCUAAGGACAACUUGAAGCCAGACGACAUCCACAGGUUCUUGGAGUCCCGCGUGGCUGAACACAAGAGGCUGGCCGGGGGCGUUAACUUCGUGGAGGCUCUGCCCAAGAACUCAACAGGGAAACUGCUCAGGAAGGAACUGGCAAAGAUGUCCGCCGACUGCUGAGGAAGCUUCCUCCUGAAGUCAAGUUGGCUGAGCCAACUGAGUAAGUCUCGUACUGAAGCCUAGGGCGAGGCUUCUGAGGCCUUGUCUUGUUAUCAAGGUCGAGCCUUGGCUUAGGCUAAUGAGGAAUUCAACUCGGUCGGUCGAAGAAAUAGCUCGAUCGAUAGAGCUUCGACCUCACACAUGUGAAGUCCACGGUUCGAGUUUCCUACAGCCCAGGUGAAUGGAGGAAUUCGACGAUUGGUUGAGGCCACUGGAAAACUCACCAUGAAGCCAAAGUUAACAUAUUAAUAUAUAUAGUUAACAAUUAUAUAUCUCAUUAAAUGAAUUAAAAUUA